CUUUACUUCCUUUUAGCCCUUUCCACUUCUAAUGGUAUCUGCAGAGCAAGUUUUGAACACCCAGUUGGCGGCUGUAUUUAUCACCUUCCUGCUGUGGGUAUGUAAAUAACAUGGCUCAUGCGAUCAGCCCAGAAACGGGCCGGUUACGACAAUAAGAAUCCACGACAUAACAAUGAUGCACUGGAAGGAUGGGGUGCGAGAGCAUAUGCCGCCAAUGCAAAUACCCUGGAAGCACUGGUGUUUAUAACCUCAGCCACGGCAAUGAACAUUUUUGGUGCUCGUAAAUACGGUGGCGUAGCAACCGCAACCAUGGCUUUUUCCAUUAUCUUCAUUGUUUGCCGCGCGAUCUACCCAUUUUUGUAUCAUUAUGAUAAGGAUGCUUUUCGUACCGGUGCAUGGGUAUUGUCCAUGAUAUCUGUCCUUGCCCUCUUCAUUAUGUCCUUUAUUCACUAACUGGACAAACCUGCAAAAAAAAGAAACAAAGGGACGUAGCGCAGCUUCAGCCAAGUAGAUCUGCAGAUACCCAAAAUGUAAUAUGAAUCAAUAUUUCCAUCCUGUCUGCAUGUGCUAAGGAGUACAUCAUGUCACUGCAAUAAAUGUAUAGUUAUCUACACCACUACCAUAACAUGCCACGCCGAUUGCCUGUGAACAUAGUUUUUUUU